AUGAAACUCCUUCUUCUGCUUCUCGCUCUGACCUCGGUGGCCACGGCUGUAAUUGUUUGUUCGGAAUGCAAGAAGCUGGCACAGAAAAUCAUCGACCGGCACCCAGCCGGCCACGCAGAAUGCCGUGAUUGGUUUAACGACGGUACCACGGCCGUUUGCGACUGGCCUUGGAGCUUCCCGUGCAUCCAGGCUCUCAAGGCGGUUGACAACAUCGUCUGCACCGACAUUAUGCUCAACAAGACGGCCCACGAUUCCUGCGAGGGCAACCUCUUCUGC